AUGACGCUAAAGAAAUGCCUAUUUGUAAAUAUCCUGAUUGCGUCGCUAGGGAGCGUUGUCGGGAAGUGGGUGGAGGGAAGAAUCAACACAAAAGAGAACUGGGCGUUCCUAGCCCGUUUCUGUUUUCUCUCACUAGAGGGCCAGUUCGAAUACCUCAUAGAAUUUGAGAGGGACAUGGGGACUCCAAACUUGCUGUUAUAUUAUGAUGACGAAUCGCAGUGGCCCGCUGUGUAUCAUAGUAGCAUGACUUGCAAAGACCGUGAAGCAAUACUCAACAAGGGGGGACAAAACCAGAUGGUCAAGUUAUCCCACUGGUAUCCAGAUACUGAAUAUUCUGGAUGUAUAGUCACCAGAGCGAAUAAAGAACUGCCUGCUGCUAAGAGUACAUCUCCUAAACCUAAAGCUAAAACUACAGCGAAACCAAAAACGAAUCCAAAUAAAAACGAUCUACCAUCCGAUCCAGCGUACUACGACCAGUUUUUAAAAACUACCACAUCACCAACAAAAUCUACCAUGGAUGUUACUACUAAAUCUACAAAUUCUACCACAUGGUACGAAUUGAUACCAGAUGACUUUAAUGCUACUACAGAAAUACCAGAAAAUGAAUUAUGGGAGAAUAUAGGUCCUGAAAAAAAUAGUAGCCUGUCAGAGAACUUGAAAGAUGUUGAGAUUCUGUUUGAUAAUAAUUUUAAUCAUAGCGGUCACAAAAUAAAACGAUCCAUAGCGUUAUACGAGCGCUACCGGCGUCGCCGUUUAAACUCAGAGUCCUAUCAAAAUGGGUUCAGUGAGACGGAGAGGAUGAUAGUUUCGUGUCACAACUCGAGACGAUUUCGUUCUGCUAGAGAAAGAUGGUGGUUCAUCGCUAUAAGUAAUUGUGAUAGUCCGAAGGGUUUGGAUGUAAGAUACAAAUUUCUAAUGACCAACGGACCGGACGGUGAUUUCUGGCACAAACAUUUUUCAGCUGAUGAGUUUUACGUCCUCCCCAUCUUGUUAUCGUACACCUUCGCGUACAUAAUAGUGAUGAUCGCAGUAGUGAUGUGCAGUGUCGAGCUGCGAUCUCGACACUUACUGCACUCGACGUACAAGCUGUUCUUGAUAUCGAUAGUAGCACAACACUGUGGUGUGUUGAUGCAAGCAUUGGCUAAUAUACGAUACGCUAGUAAUGGUGUGGGUGCGCCUAACGCUAAGAUUUUUGGUCAAUUCCUAUGUGGAAUAUCAGAGAUGACAUACCUCCUACUUCUGAUAUUAUUAGCAAAAGGAUAUACAAUAACUCGUGGUCGACUCAAAGUCGGUUUCACUGUGAAACUCACUGUGUUUAUGUGUUGUUAUGUACUCACAUAUGUUGUGUUGUUUAUAUAUCAGGCUAAGGCGUUUGACCCGGGUGAGGUUUUAUAUCUUUACGAAAGUCCAGCAGGCUAUGGAUUAAUAGUUCUUCGUAUAUCAGGCUGGUGUGCUUUCGCCUACUCCACGUAUUUUACUGUUCGGAAAUACCCAGAGAAGAAUAUGUUCUACUGUCCAUUUUUCAUCUGUGGCACGUUGUGGUUUUAUGCAGGACCGCUAUUCAUUCUUACAGCUAAUUCUUAUAUAGACAAAUGGGUUCGCGAGAGUGUAGUGACUGCUGUGCUUUUAUUUAUUACGUUUUGUGGUCAUGUGAUGUUUUUGCUGCUCACCUUACCUGUAUUUGCGAAUAAGAACUUUCCGUACCACGUGCGGACGACACAAAUAGGAGUUAUGGAGGUUACUAGCAACCCAGCAUUGGAUGGGUUUGGCCCAAAUGCGUACCACCCUAGUACAGGGGCUGCUCAAACAGUGAUCAUUCCGCUUACAAGAAGAACAGAAGAGUUAAUAGGCAAUAUGUACAACCAGUAUAUGGCAACCGCUCCUUCUCUGUCAGAAAAUGGAACACCAAAACUUAACGGUGUUCCCAAAAGAAUAAAUUCAAUUAAAUCCCGCAAUGGAAUUAUUCAACAGGGAAGCACAGAAACAAAUAAUUCGGACGAUAUUAAUCCACAAAUAAGGGACGAAAAAGAAAUAUUUACGGUCGAAAAUCAAAUGUCAAAGAUACAAAAUGGUCGACAGAAUGGCAACGUAAGAGAUGACAGCUUACAAGCGCGGGAAAACGAGCUGUCAGAUAAUAACAGCUCGGUGUUGCCAGAUAGCGAUUUGCCCAGUAAUGGGGUAAAUGGUUUGGGAGAUUUACCCAAUGUUAUGAGGUCGAAAAGAAAUAUUUUGGAGCCAAUAAAACGGGAUGUGCCGUCUUGGUCGCUAGCAAAGGGACCGAGUGUUGUUGCUAUGCAAUUGAAAAAUAAUGAAGAACAGCACUUACCACCAAUUUCCCUACCAAACGGUAAGAAAUCAGUACGGACAAUGCAAUCAACUGCUGGUCUCAUCGGUACGAUACAUGAAGGCCGCGAACAAACAUACAAUAGGCCUGAAGAUUUGUUCACUGUGUCCAAGGGAUAUCAUGCGAUAGAAAGGCAUAACGUUAAUGAAACUGGAACACCAAAACUUAACGGUGUUCCCAAAAGAAUAAAUUCAAUUAAAUCCCGCAAUGGAAUUAUUCAACAGGGAAGCACAGAAACAAAUAAUUCGGACGAUAUUAAUCCACAAAUAAGGGACGAAAAAGAAAUAUUUACGGUCGAAAAUCAAAUGUCAAAGAUACAAAAUGGUCGACAGAAUGGCAACGUAAGAGAUGACAGCUUACAAGCGCGGGAAAACGAGCUGUCAGAUAAUAACAGCUCGGUGUUGCCAGAUAGCGAUUUGCCCAGUAAUGGGGUAAAUGGUUUGGGAGAUUUACCCAAUGUUAUGAGGUCGAAAAGAAAUAUUUUGGAGCCAAUAAAACGGGAUGUGCCGUCUUGGUCGCUAGCAAAGGGACCGAGUGUUGUUGCUAUGCAAUUGAAAAAUAAUGAAGAACAGCACUUACCACCAAUUUCCCUACCAAACGGUAAGAAAUCAGUACGGACAAUGCAAUCAACUGCUGGUCUCAUCGGUACGAUACAUGAAGGCCGCGAACAAACAUACAAUAGGCCUGAAGAUUUGUUCACUGUGUCCAAGGGAUAGUGUAGCCAUGUUUGGUUUUUAGGGAAUUUAAUUGUAAUAAUUUAAGUCACAAAUAAAAGACUGUA